AUGGUAGCAAAUAGUGCAAAAUACCCUAGAAGAAAUCUUGCAGAAAGAGGGGAGGUGAGAUGGAGAAAACCAAGGGAGGGGGUGACAAAAAUAAAUUGGGAUGCUGCCUUUCUGAAGGAUAGCAAGAGGAUGGGAAUUGGGAUUGUGUUUCGAGAUCAAGAAAGGGAUAUUCUGUUAUCUGCAUGUAUACUACAGUCAAGGGUCAUGUCAGCAACUCAAGUGGAAGCUACUGCUUUAUGGAAAGCUAUGAAAAUGUGUGAUGAGCUGCAGAUGGGUGAAGUUGAAUUUGAAGGGGAUGCUUUAUGCAUUGUUAAAGCUGUAAACAAUAAAGAUGAAAACUGGGAGUGGGGAGGUCAGACAAUUGAAGAUAUUCAGGGUUUGUUACACAACAGAUCUCAAUGGCUAGUUACUCAUACAUUUAGAGAGGCAAACAAAGCAGCUGAUUAUUUAGCAAAGUUUUCAUUGAAUGCAAGUGAAGAGGUAAUUUGGAUGGAAGAUGGCCCUAAGGGUCUGUAUAGUUUGAUUUUACAGAUAAAACUGUAA